UGCUGCCCCCUCCCCCAGCCCGCAGAGGCGGACGCGGAGGCCGCAGAGGAGCCGGGCUCGUGGGAGGAGACGUUCAAGACGCACACGGACUCCAAACCCAACGGCCCCACGUCGGUGGGGCUGGACUUCUCCCUGCCCGGCUUCGAGCACGUCUACGGCAUCCCUGAGCACGCGGACAGCCUGCGGCUGCGCACCACCGAGGGGGGGGACCCGUACCGCCUCUACAACCUGGACGUCUUCCAGUACGAGCUCUACAACCCCAUGGCCCUCUACGGCUCCGUCCCGCUGCUGCUGGCCCACAGCGCCCGCAGCACCCUCGGCAUCUUCUGGCUCAACGCCGCCGAGACCUGGGUGGACGUCAGCUCCAACACCGCCGGCAAGACGCUUUUCGGGAAGCUGCUGGACUACAUGCAGGGCGGCGGCGAGACGCCGCAGACCGACGUGCGCUGGAUGUCGGAGAGCGGCGUCAUCGACGUCUUCCUGCUGCUCGGCCCCACGCCCGCCGCCGUGGCGGGGCAGUACGCUGCCCUCACCGGCACCCAGGCGCUGCCGCCGCUCUUCGCCCUGGGCUACCACCAGAGCCGCUGGAACUACCACGACGAGGAGGACGUGGCGGCGGUGGAGCGCGGCUUCGAGGAGCACGCCAUCCCCUGCGACGUGCUCUGGCUCGACAUCGAGCACGCCGACGGCAAGCGCUACUUCACCUGGGACCCCAGCAAGUUCCCCCAGCCCCGCGCCAUGCUCGAGCGCCUGGCCGCCAAGAAGCGCAAGAUGGUGAGCAUCGUGGACCCGCACAUCAAGGUGGACAGCGCCUACCGCGUGCACAGCGAGCUGCGCGCCCGCGGCUUCUACGUCAAGACCAAGGACGGCGGCGACUACGAGGGCUGGUGCUGGCCGGGUGAGGGGGCUGAGGGGUAGGGGGGCCUGGGGGGGGGGCA